AUGCACCAAGCUUAUAAUAAUUGUGAUAUCGACGAAUGUUCGGUAACGAUGACAACAAUUACAGCAGUGAUAGCAAUAGUGCUAGUAGUAGUUGUUGUAGUAGUAGCAAUUGCUGUUGUAGUGGUGGUAGUAGUACUAGUAGCAAGAACAAGAACAGCAAUAACAACGACACCAUCAUCACCAACACCAUCACCAUUAUCGUCAACGGUAACAGCAACAAAAAUAACAACAACAAUAGCAACACCGACAAUAACAAUAAAUUUUAUUAAUUUAAUAUUUUUAUGUAAUAAGAAGAAAAGAGUUGCCAGUUACACAAAUAAAGAAAAAAUGUAG